UUUGUUUCCCGAUGUUUACUUCCGUUCCGUAUUGUUCCAUCGGUCCCGCUGUUUACGAAGAGACAGAAAAGAUGGUAGAUGAAGGGGGUGACAGAGAUGACUCUGCAAAGGUUGCCAUUAUCAGGGAGGUUUACGAUGGUGAGAACGCGCACGAGACCUUCGAGUACGAGCUAGAAAGAGCUUUGGAAUCUGAGUGUAAUUUAAUCGUCAUCGAGCCAUCCAAGCUAGGAGACGAGACAUCCAGAUGGAUCGCCGUCGGCAAUUGUCUCCAUAAGACCGCCGCUCUUUCCGGUCUAGGAGCCAUAGUCACAGGCUUAAUUUGGGGAGAUCGACCGUAUCUUUGUGGUCCGCUGGGUUUCGCAUCUGUGAUAAGUUGCGGUUUAUACACGGUGUCUUGGCAGUUCGACCCUUGCUGUCAGUACCAGGUUGAAACAGACACGAGUAAAUUGCCACAUGUGGAAUUGUUGGCGGUGUUGGGUCCGUCGUCUCCAACUUUUUUGGUCAGGCGAGACGAUACAAGGCGAAGAAUCCUUCACACAACGAUAACGCUUACAGCUCUGGGCAUAAGCGGUUGGAGAUUGUACCAAGCUUUUCAAUGAGGUUGUUUCCUUUCAGUUAUUCUCAUUUCUUCGGUUUUUUUUUUCCUUAAUCCUCCUCCGCGCGAACCUCACCAGCUAUCAUUCAUCGCCAAAUCAGGUGAGGCUAGGAGGAUAAGCCGCGCAGCUUCGAUAUGUGCGACAGUAGUGAGAUACAAAUUAGGCUAACCUCAGAUACGUUAGAUAAAUACAGAUAUUUAAAUUUAUUUUCCGACCGUUGAUCAACUGGCAUCGUACACGAGGUCCUCUUCUUCGCAACAACGGUCUUAUUCAAUAUUACAAUUGAUUUUAAGUAUCAAUUAUAACACUCAAAGUGGUUUAUAA